CUGAACCUGAUUACCGCAUCCGUAUAAAAGCCCCAUCGAUUCCAGCCGGCCCACACAGUGCUGAAAGCGAACGCGCUCCACUCGGCGGUUGCAGUGGACAACUAAAGGAUUAAUUAAGGACUUGCUUAAUCAGCAGCCGCAUCGCCAAACGCAGCUGCAAAAUGGGCAAAGUGUCAUCUGGGAGCGCCUCCUUGGUGGCCAAGGCGCUGGCCAUAAUGCUCCUGCUGGUGGCGACGGGAGUGCAGGCACGGCGGCUGGGCCACCGACGCCUCAUCAUCCACGUGCCGGUCAAGGUGAAGACGCACCACCACACCCACACCGUGUACAAGGUGCUCCACGGAUCACAUGGCGGCGGCGGUGGAGGAGGAGGUGGAGGUGUGAAGCAAACAGUGUACAAAGUGCUGGGCUUCUCCACACACGGAGGUGGCGCUGCCAAGGGUGGCGGAGGAGGAGGCGCUGGCCAUGGAGGCCAUGGGAGCUACGACAUGGGCGGAAUGGGCCACGGCGAAAUCACGUACGAGGACAUGCACGGAUGCGAGAGUGGCAAGGUGAUUCCGGCGGCCAGAGACAUGAUUUUCAAUCACUACUCGCGGCACGGCCAGAGCGAUGGAACUGGCGAGGAUUACGCCGAGGAGCUGGACGACUUUGUAGACCUAAGGGAUGGCUGGUUGUGAAUAAAGAGACGUGUGCGCAAUUCCCCGCCGAUUAAUUAU